UGUGUGAGCCCUCUAUUUAUGAGGUUUACACAUCCGGUCUACCUCAUUACCGUAUGUAUUUUUUUCUGCCAAUCAAAAUGCUCUGUCACGGGAACCCCGCUAUUAACAUCCGGGCAUUUACAAGGCGGUCGGUUCGUCUCGAAGAUCAACAAAACAGACAUGGCAAGUUAUGGAGGGAAGAAGAAUGCUUUGGCAGGAAGAGGAAUGAAAAAAGGUGGUCCCAAACCAGAGCUUACAGAAGAGCAGAAACAGGAAAUUCGAGAGGCGUUUGAUUUGUUUGACACAGAUGGUUCUGGUACAAUUGAUGCCAAAGAACUCAAGGUGGCAAUGAGAGCGUUAGGUUUUGAGCCAAAAAAGGAAGAAAUAAAAAAAAUGAUAUCAGAUAUAGACAGAGAAGGAACAGGUACCAUUGAUUUCAAUGAGUUUUUGAUGUUGAUGACACAGAAGAUGAGCGAAAAAGAUGUAAAAGAAGAAAUCCUAAAAGCAUUCAGAUUGUUCGAUGAUGAUGAUACUGGUAAAAUCUCAUUCAAAAAUCUCAAGCGUGUAGCCAAAGAACUAGGAGAGAGUCUUACAGAUGAGGAAUUACAAGAAAUGAUUGAUGAAGCAGAUCGCGAUGGCGAUGGUGAAAUCAAUGAAACAGAAUUCCUGAAAAUCAUGAAGAAAACAAGUUUGUACUAGAAAAUUAAAAAUUUGCUAUUUAUAAAGACAUUCCAUUUUAUUCAUCUUGAGAAAGUGAGCGAGACUGGGACCAAGAGAGAUGGAAACCAAGCCAGAGAUCUGAUUAUGUGCCCCAACUUACAUGUCUGUAUAAAGAUGUUAUGUGUAGCUGUUUUGUUACAUUUUGUGACUUGGUUCAGAGUCCCUUGUGUCACGCUCUCCAGGAAUGCUGCCAGUGUCUCGUUACAAAAUACCUGGAACUUGUGCAUCAUUUUGUAUGUGUUUUGGCCAAGGGGAGACAAUCGAGAAUAACUUUGCAGUUAACCGACAAAUUUUGCCAAAGUUUCAAAAUUAGUAGAAGUCUUUCUGACAACUCAGAAGUUAUUCCAGUUCUCUAAAACAGCUGUUGGAAAGUGCUUACCUGAUCUAUGACUCAAGAUAUUAUUUAUUUUUUCUCACAGUUUCAAGAUAUGCAAACUUAAUUCAACAAAUAUUCGUGUUCCUUUGUGGAACAGAAUAUUGUUUCAGAAUACAGGUAUUUUCAUUUAUACUGUUCAAAAUCUCACAAACUUGUCUGUAUAUUGUUUAUGAACAAAAAUUCAGCCAUUUAUUUUGUAAAUAAAUGAUUAAAUAUAUAUAUUGAAAUUAA